AUGCAUAGUACGCGUUCCAAACAAUGGCCUACGCGUGCCAAGGAAAAGCCGAGACAAACCGAUAGAGUCAUUUCACCUGAGUCGAUAUUUCAUUGGUUGAAAAAUGAUCUUGGAUAUCGUCACAAACGCAACUUGUUUAAUGACUUGCCGGAAAAGGAAUUGUCCAUAGAGGAAAUUCAAAAAAAUCUAAGUCAACCCACAAAAUCUCAUCAAACAAGACGUCACAAGGAGACACCGAAUGAAGUGAACUAUGUGACUCACAAAGCAAUAUUAGAUAAAAAGAUGGCGCAAAUUAUGACAAUUUUUGAGGAAGAAGAGAUACAGACUGAACAACUGAUCUCUAGAAUUUCGGAUAUAGGUCGUUUGAAAGCAUUGAAAAUGAGUACCGGAGACGCUGUGAAGGCUUCAUUAGGAAAAAAGGAUCUAAGAACGACAUAA